AUGUCUCACCGAAAGUUUGAAGCACCACGUCAUGGCUCUUUGGGUUUUCUGCCGCGUAAACGUGCACGAAGACACCGUGGUAAGGUCAAGUCUUUUCCAAAAGAUGAUCCCAGUCAAAAAGUGCAUCCAACAGCUUUUCUUGGAUAUAAGGCGGGCAUGACCCAUGUAGUUCGCGAUUUAGAUAGGCCAGGCUCCAAAAUGCAUAAGAAAGAGGUAGUUGAGGCUGUUACAGUGAUUGAAACACCACCCAUGAUAGUUGUUGGUGUUGUAGGUUAUGUCGAAACACCUCGUGGUCUUCGUAGUUUAACCACCGUUUGGGCCGAACAUUUAAAUGAAGAAUUAAUACGUCGUUUUUAUAAGAAUUGGUAUCGUUCGAAGAAAAAGGCAUUCACGAAGUAUGCCAAAAAACAUGCUGAUGGAGCUAAAGACAUAAAUAGAGAACUUGCACGCAUUUCUAAGUACUGUCAAGUUGUUCGUAUAUUGGUCCAUACUCAAAUUAGAAGAGUGAAAAUAGGUCAAAAAAAAGCUCAUCUAAUGGAAAUUCAACUCAACGGUGGAACUAUUCAGGAGAAAGUUGAAUGGGCUAAAAGUCAUUUUGAAAAGGAAAUUAAUAUUGACUCUGUAUUUGAACAAGAUGAUAUGGUUGAUAUUAUUGGUGUUACUAAGGGUAAAGGAUUUGAAGGUGUAACGCAUCGAUGGGGAACUAAAAAACUUCCUCGUAAAACACAUAAAGGUUUACGUAAAGUCGCUUGUAUCGGUGCUUGGCAUCCUUCAAGAGUAAUGUAUUCAGUUCCGCGUGCUGGACAAAACGGAUAUCAUCACCGGACAGAAGUGAACAAGAAAAUCUACCGAAUUGGUAAAGGAGAUGACAAGACCAGCGCCUCAACUGAAUAUGAUCUUACAACAAAAAGAAUCACUCCAUUGGGUGGAUUUCCUCAUUACGGUAUUGUGAACGAAGACUUUGUUAUGAUCAAGGGCUCAUGUGUUGGCGUUAAAAAACGGGUUCUUACCUUAAGAAAAUCACUUAUUACUCACAGCAAACGAUCUGCUUUGGAAAAGAUUUCUCUCAAGUUUAUCGAUACGAGUUCCAAAUUUGGUCACGGAAGAUUUCAGACCGCAGAAGAAAAACGCGCGUUCCUUGGAACUCUUAAGAAAGAUCUUCAAGCAUGA